AUGCGCUCGCGGGCGAGAAAUGCGACGCGGGGGCCCAGGUACCGGGGCUGGGGGAGCGCCCCGGUAACGAGCUGUAACCGGCCCCGCGGGGAGAGGGGAGUGACGACGAGGAGAAGCGGGGGUGGUGGGGAGCUGCUCUCCCCUCAGGCCUCUUCCCCGUCUGUCGGCCGGGCGGCGCGAGCCCGCGUGCUGCCGGAGCGCUUUAGCGUCUGCCUUCGGUCUCUGAGGGGUGCGGAGCGGGCCGGGCGUUUGCUGCCGGGGGCGAAGGAGCGUUGCGGGCGGUGGCCCAGCCUUACUCACGCCUUGGCCUCCCAACCCUGCAGCGACAACGGCAGCCCGCGCUUGUCACAGGCGCUGCUCGGCGCCGUAUCCCAGCCUAACGGGCCCCCCUCUCGGCGCCCCGCGGCAGCCUGGGUCGGCUUCUGUGUCGCGGUCGCGGCGCUGCCUCCCCAGCCCAAGCCUCGCCGGCUGGCAGUUACACGGCCUUUUUUGCUUACAGGGCCGCGCCGUGUUUUGGCAUCAGUCGUGGCUUGUUUGGCGGGUUUGGAUGGGAGCCGUGAUGGGAGCAGCAGUAUCCGGCAGCCGGAACCAAAGUUAACGUGCUGCAUCCAUUGCAGGCGCAGAGGCAUAGCAGCGCGACGCGGUUGCUUCUUUCCCAUGGGGGAAGAACUGAGGGGUGGAGCACAGGGUUGGAUAAACAGGUCCUGCAGGUAAGGGGGAGAAAAGUGGUGUGGUACUGAUAUUGGGGGUGGAGGAGCAGGUUUUGUCUUGGUUUCUGUCAAAGUCCUGUGCUGUUCUUCCAGCAGCUACCCAAGGCCUUACCUUGAAUCUGGACACAAGCAGAAGUCUUUAACUCUUACAUUUUCAUCUAGGUAGCCCUUCUUCUAUGUAGCCUGUAAUGUUCUCCAAAAGCUUCUCUGUUAAGGUGAAGUUUUACUGCAUUAAUCUAAUCUUGAAGUAAGUAAAAUUAUGAUAACGCCAGUAGCAGACUCUGUAUAUUACAGUAAAGGCCUGCAAUGAUCAUAAAAAAUGAAUUCAAUUACUGCUAUAAUGUUCAUAGCUGAUAGCACCUUGGGAAAUGGGAGAGCUGAAGGCUGAUGACUAAUAGG